AUGGCAAGCCCGGUGGCAGCUGAAUACCCUCAGCCUAUAUCCUCACCUCCUCCCGUCUACCUUCGGUCCUCUCCCCCGCUUUCUCCGUCUCAGAGUCAAUCAACUCCCCGAUCUAUCCCCUCGCAUCGCCCCAGCCAAAGCAUCGCGCGGAAAGCAGUGCCUUUCUCUCGGCCAGGGUCCGGACAUCCUGCAUCGCCCCCAGUCCAAGUUCUUGACAAGACAAACUCGGCAGAGGUAUCAAACAGCACAAUCGAAAGAACGCGACGCAGCAAUGGCGGAGACUUUCUUCCCACCAUGGCCUUCACCAACAUCUCGCUCGAUGACGAACCGCAACCAAGGCAGACCGAUAACGGGACUAUUCCACCAGCGCCGGGAUCCAGAAGACAUGGACAUACCCCUGCCAAUAGCGGUUCUUGGUCUGUCAUAGACCAUCAGCUCAAGGAUGAGACGGGGGACUCUCCCAAGCCAGGCACAUCGUCUGCUGGUCCCACUGUACCUGGUGGUAGCCAGAAGAACUCCUCCAGUGGCAGCUUGGAGAGUGAGACGCAGAAUGUUGAAAACUUUGAACCGUUGCAUUACCACCAUCGACCCUACCGGAAUUCCCGUGCGGGUAAGUCGCCAGCGGGCUCGGGGUCUGCCGAGAAUCUCGCAGCCCCCAACGGCCAUCUCUCUGCUAGACGGCAGACUCUGGCGCGACCGACGUCGACAUACUCGAUCAUGUCAGAUAUGGGCGGUGACGGCCGGAACCUGUCCCCCCACGCCUCGCCAUAUCUACAUGCACGCGCUUCACCUAGAGACUCCUCAUCCCCUGACGUUCGUCCGCUCUCCUUUGUCGAUCUCCUUAAUACAUCUUACCCCCAACCGGGCCCCGCCCCAGCACAAAUGGACAACUCGCAUUUGAAAUCCUGGGUUGGUAACAAUGCGUCGUUACUCAGUCACAAGCAAACAUUCGAUAUGUACUUGGCCAACGUAAAGAAGACGGAUAGCUCGGCGAUACAGUACGAAUUUGCGGUGUUCAUGGUCAACGCGAUGCUGGAAAUGCCGCCGGAAGAUCCUGAAACACGUAAGAGCGCGGUAUAUGAUCCGAAAGGGACGAAAAUUACCCGCGAAGGGCUCUUGAAGGAAGCCAAGUCGAUCCUCCAGGGCCUUGCGAAUCGCAGCUAUCCAUUCGCACAGUACUACUUGGCCGACGGGUAUGCAUCUGGACUGUUCAGCAAGGGGAAGGAGGACUACGAUCGGGCGUUCCCUCUGUUCGUCGCAGCCAGCAAACAUGGGCACGUUGAGGCAUGCUAUCGGACCGCGCUCUGCUAUGAGUUCGGCUGGGGCACUAGGGUGGAAGCGGCCCGAGCACAGCAGUUCUAUCGGCAAGCUGCGUCCAAGAAUCAUCCCGGGGCCAUGUUACGCAUGGCCAAGGCUUGCCUGGCAGGUGACAUGGGCCUUGGCAAACGCUACCGUGAAGGUGUCAAGUGGCUGAAGCGUGCGGCGGAAUCAUCUGACGCGCAGUACAAUUCCGCCCCGUACGAGCUCGGAUUGCUUCAUGAGACGGGUUACGGCGAUGAUGUCUUCCCUGACCCGGCCUACGCGGCACAGCUGUUCACCAAAUCCGCAGAUCUAGGUCAUGCGGAGGCGAGCUAUCGUCUGGGAGAUGCUUACGAGCAUGGAAAGUUGGAGUGCCCUCGGGAUCCCGCGCUGAGUAUACACUUUUACACCAACGCUGCACAAGGGGGACAUGUCUUGGCCAUGAUGGCUUUGUGUGCUUGGUACCUGGUUGGUGCAGAGCCUGUUUUGGAGAAGGACGAGGGAGAGGCCUACGAAUGGGCCAAGCGCGCUGCCGAACUUGGUUUGGCGAAGGCGCAGUACGCAGUCGGAUACUUCACCGAGAUGGGGAUUGGCUGCCGGCGCGACCCUCUCGAAGCCAACGUCUGGUACGUACGAGCGGCGGAUCAAGGCGAUGAACGAGCGAAGCAUCGCAUUGCCACCAUUCGAGCUGCUGCGGACGGUGCAAGCUCUUCUCAGAAUGGACAGAAAGAGAAGCAGAAAUCUCUCGGUAAGCCAUCACUUUAG